GAUGAGUCAAGCAGAUGCGUGGAUUUUUCUAAGUAUUACUGCUGGCAUUCUUGUUGCUGUGCUCUUCAUUAUCUUCUGCACUAUAACCAGGGGUUCGAAUAAAAGAAAGGGACAUAUCGUUCGCACAGGACCGCCACCACAAACUGGUAGAUCUAUGCAUAGUGGCCCUCCAAGAAAUGUGUUUGCUGGUCCGCCGCAAUUACAAAGGCCGCCACCGAUCGUAGCACAUCCACCGAUGCCUGUUGGGCCGCCACCAAUUCAGCCUGUUCCUCCACCAAUGUAUCCUCCUCCGCAAAGUUUGCCUUCGGCACCACCGACACCUCCUCCUGCAUAUGUACCACCACCGCCUUUACCAGCUAAUAUGCUUCCUCCUCCACCAUCAUCUAAUGUUCCAGUUAAAGAACCUUCGCUGCCUCGAUUACUAAAUUUGAACACUCCAGCGAAAGGGACGUCUACCGAUUCGCAUCCACCUCCUAAUGUUGGGUGGGCUCCCACAAUAGGACUGGCAAAGGAUCCCUCAACUGCAUCGCCGAAUGCUGUCGUUCUUCAUCCGAUUGGACUUUCUAAAAAGAAAGAUACAGCAACAAGUACAACAACAAGUAGUACCGAUAGCUCUGAUUCGAGUGUUGGAACUACAGAACGAACUCAAGAAGAUGACGGUGGGAUUCUAACUGUGCCAAGGAAGAAGGAAAAGAGUCGUCGCAAGAAGCAUAAACGAAAGCGACAUUCGAAAUCAAAGAGGAAGAGAUCAAAAAGAAGCAAAAGGGGAAGGCGGUGAACCAUAAGAAUAAUUGGGGAGUAUAAUAAUAGAUAUUUGUGAUCUUCUGUGGUAUUCUCUGUAUUAAUGUUGAUGUAUUACGUUGUAUAAUUAUUGUAAUAUAUUUGUUUGGUGUAUUGUA